AUGGCGGCGGCCACCAGCGCCUUCGCCUUCUCCUCCUCCUCCUCCUCCGCCGCGCUGCUGCGCCCGGGCUGGGCGCCCCUGAGGCGGUGGCGAGCCCUCGCUCGCAGCACCAGCAGCUCCCCUCGCAGCGCCGCCAGUGACGAAGCAACUGUUAUCUCGGGGACAAAGCUUGCUCACCAGGUCUUGAAAGAAGUUCGAAGGGAUGUGGAAUCCUGGAUAUCUGCUGGGAACCAGAGGCCUCACCUCACUGUCGUGUUAGUGGGAGACAACCCAGCCAGCCACACUUAUGUCAGGAACAAGAUAAAAGCAGCUGCAGCUGUGGGCAUUUCUAGUGAGAUCAUACUGAGGCCUAAAGACAUUUCGCAGGAAGAGCUCCUGGAUAUGACAGUAAAACUCAACAGGGAUUCAAGAGUUAGUGGUUUAUUAGUUCAGCUACCUCUCCCAGAUCACAUCGAUGAGCGGGCAGUCUGUAACACCAUCGCCCCUGAGAAGGAUGUGGAUGGAUUCCAUAUCAUGAAUAUUGGACGGCUGUGUCUGGAUCAGCCUUCCAUCAUCCCUGCCACCGCUGCUGCCGUCUGGGAAAUCAUUAAAAGGACAGGAAUACAAACAUUCGGAAAAAACGUUCUUGUAGCUGGAAGAUCUAAAAAUGUUGGAAUGCCUAUUGCAAUGCUUUUACAUACAGAUGGAGAGCACGAAAGGCCUGGAGGUGAUGCUACGGUGACCAUUACUCACAGAUACACCCCAAAAGAGCAGCUCAAGAUCCACACGCAGCUGGCUGACAUAGUAAUAGUUGCUGCAGGUAUCCCCAAGUUGAUUACAACUGAUAUGGUCAAAGAAGGUGCAGCUGUGAUUGACGUAGGCAUCAACCAUAUCCAUGAUCCUCUUACAGCAAAAACCAAGUUAGUUGGGGAUGUGGACUUUGAAGAAGUGAAGAAGAAGGCUGCCUUUAUCACUCCAGUGCCCGGAGGGGUAGGACCUAUGACUGUUGCAAUGCUUCUGAAGAACACACUCCUGGUCACGAAAAAGCUCAUUUACUAGAGCGAAUGGGUUGCCUUGGAAGAAGAAUCUGAGUUGUUCUAUUUAUUGAUACGCAAAACAUUUAUUUUCUUACUACAAAUAUAUUUAUUUCUACAUUGCAUUUAUUUUUUCAUGUCAAGUGUGUUAAAUCUGAUGGUUUGUAAAAUGUUCAAGUACUUUGUUACCUCCUGCUGACAUAUGGGCAGCAAAAAUGGCUUGGAGAAUGCAGCCUACACAGGUAUGUUGGUGGUCAAUUACAUGUUUGAGAAUGAAGAAUCAAGCGUAGAUUGAAACUGUUCCUAUGUUUUGGGGCAGUUAUCAAGUUCUUGUAUACACUUGGGACCUGUUCAAACAAUAUAAAAACUAAAACACACUAGCUAUCUUUUAAGUACGUGGUUUGGGUUCUGAGGUCACUAAGCACUCUGGAUAUAGUUCAGAGUCCUUAAGUAUUUUUUGAACACUUACAGCCAGAAGUGACCAGACAUUAAUGUUGACAUGAAUGUAAAUGUUUUAAAGUAGUCAACUUAGCUUGGGUGCUGGUGGAAUGCUGACUUGAAGCAUCUGCAAGAGGUAAGCAGGAAUAAGUAGCUAUAAGUGAGGCUGGAAUUUUUUUUUUCCAUGUCUGGACAAAUUGGUUUUUUUUUGCACAAUACCCCUGUCUCACAAAAACCCCUCAAACUUAAACAGUUGAUUGAAAUUGAAUGGAAUAGAAUUAAAUUGAAUAGAAUUGAGUGGAAUGUAGUUGAAAUUACUGUAUAUGUACAACAUAUGUAGUAUGGCAGGAGAUGAAGAGGAAGAGAAAAGCAAAACUUCAUCCCUGAUUCAAUAUUUGUAUUGAAACUUCAAGCCAUUCAGUUAUUCUCUUAUUUUGUGAAACUGCAUGAAGAGGGCUUUUUUUUGUCCCUGUUGUAAGCCUUGGCUUCAAUGGCCACAGUAUUUGGCUGGUUAGAGAAGAGGGUAAGGGAUAAGAUCAGUCUGUUUCUAUUCCCAAAAGCUGGGAGUAGAAGUUCUCCUAUGCAAUGUAGAAUUUGCAGUGAAACUUACUGCUGAGACGCCAGUUCAGCUGAGUGUGUGCACUGGUGCCGUUCCCACUGAAGGCAGUGGUAGACAGUUGGGGGUUCUCCAUGUUUUUAUCUCAGCUGGGAUUACUGGCUUAUUUUCAUCCGGAGCCUUAAGUGUUUGCUAGUGGGCUGUAGCUAACUUGGAAGGGGAAGGGAAAAGACUGUGGCCAACUUCUAUUGCUGUUCAAGAGAAAAAUGCACUUCCUGUGAUAGUGAAGGUGGAGCAUCAUUUCUGUGCUGACUAUUCGUGUGUUGGGCUUUGAGAGUUCGCUUUAGCGCAGCGUUUGCCAAAGUUUGGCAGGGUGAUUGUUAAAUAUAUAAUGCCAGUGGUGCAGACACUUGCUUGUCUUUUUAAAUGUAAGUGGUAAUACAAAUUCAUGUGGUAAUACAAGUGGUAAGAGGAUCAAGGCACCUGUGGAGACUGUACUUGGACUGAUCAACCCAUGACUGAGCGAUGGAAUAAAACUUGUUCACUGUUACCUUGGUCUUGCUGGAGGGUGUUGAUGUGGUUUGGGGCACGGUUGUGUUCUUCAUUUGUUUGCCAUGUGUUCAAAGCACAGCAGGUUCAGUCAUUGCUGUGUCCAUCUGUUUGUACUGCUGUUUUUUUGGUUUUUUUUUUUUUUUUAAUCUAAUUCUGAUCAUCUCUGUGUUUUUUGACAGGAUAACCAUUUAUGGCCCUGUGCUUGUGUCCCUUGAGCUAACCUGCCUGUGUCACGCCCUACAAGCGGGUCUCUGUGCAUCGCAAGCCUUUUCCCUUUAUCCUGUGGUGGCUGGGUUAGUGUUACAGUGCAGCCAGUGAGGCCCAGGCUUGGCUGCACAGCAUGCUGUCUGCAGAGCUGCUAGAGGCAUCCAUGAGAGUGCUCUCUGCUGGGAGAGCAUCCAGAAGGAGCAUGCGGAGGGAAGGGCCCAUUAGACAACCCAAAAAGCACGCUGGCGCUGGCGUGCCCGACCUGGUCAAGGUUUGUCCAAGGACAAACGCCCUGCGGCAGACAGAGCACGGUCUUGCCCACUGCAGCCUUGUCCCAGGCCUGCCACACCCGUUGUGUUGCCUCAUGACAAAGCCUCCUCUGGGAUUCAGGGCAGAUUAAACUGCCGUUGUGCAGCCGAGUGUUGAAAGCAGGGCUCACGAACCUCGUCCCUGCUUGGGACUGAUAGCAGAGGUUAUCCAGGUAGGCAUAAACACUGCUGUCUGUCCAGGGAGUGUGCAAGUUGCACUCAAUCAGUGUGCGGGCAUGCAGUUAUUCAGGAUGGGAAAGGAAGGGAAAAGCCUCCUGGAAUGCAGUC